AUGUGUAAGAAGCUGGUUUCGACAAAGGCUCGCGACCGUAAGGCCGGGCUGAGCUUGUACGACCAGCUUCUGGGAGGGGAAGCCAGUAGUGUGCAGGCUGUUCAGGAUGUUCUCGACCGCAACACGAGGCAGGUCGAGCUACGUGGCGAGCGCAACCUUGUGACAUGGAUGGAGGUGGUCAAGGCUCUCACGACGCUUGUCAACCGUGAGGGCGACGCCGUGGUGAAGAAGGUCCGCAGCGGAUCGGCUGUUGGGCGAAGCGUGUUUGCCAUGGGCAUGGCCGCUUUUGGCACGGCUUCCAACGGCGACCGGCCGGGCGCUGCCAUGCAUUCCAUUAUCGCCAUGGUCCUCGACUCGCGCGAGCAGGUGCUUUACCCCGAGGCGCUGGCCUUCUUUGAACACGCUGUCCUUGUUGUCAACAACGACUUGCUCGUCUGCGGCUAUGGCCGACACUAUCUUCGCAUCCUCAUCGACUGCCUCUCCUCACCGCUGGUGGCGUCCAAGCUCGCCGAUGACCAUGAAGUCGUUUCCAAGCUCGUCGACACCCUGGUCCGCCGGACAGCCCUCGUGGUCGACCCAGACCUCUCGCCCGACUUGGGCAAGCUCGCCGCAUCGGCGCUACAGUCUCUCAUCACUGCCGAUGUGUGCGAUGUCAAGCCCGAAAUUGUCAACGACAUGCUCGGCCAGCUGAGCCAAACGCUGGCCGCGCUCGGCCCUCGCCAUGCCGCGAGCAAGCUUGCUACCGCCCUUGUCACCCUAGUCAACCUCAUUCUCGUCCGAUAUGGACUCAACUCGGUUGAGGUUGUCCUUGAGCUGUGGCGCGGCCCACUGAUGGGCUUCCUCGAAGCUGCCUGGACCGGCGAGCUCGACGGGCCGGGCCCGCGCGCUGCGCUUCGCUCGCAGCUCUGCCUCCUCGUCCAGCUCAUGCUGCGGCUGGCGUCACCCGGCACCACCGGUAAGCUCCUGCCCGGCAUGCCGCGUCUCGUCGAGCGCGCCAUCGCCGAGUUCUCUGCAGGCUCCCUUUUGAACAAUAUCAAGAGCCAGAUCAAGGUCACUGACUCAUCGGCCGGCGUUCCGCUCAGCCUAGCGCCGCCGACCGCGGGCGCGCCACCACCGUAUGCUGUGGCGCCAGCCGACGAUCGGUAUGUGACCCACGGCCUUCCGUCGCCGCUCGGUAUCGAUGCCUUUGCCACCGCCGCUGCCGCCUGGUACCACACUCAGUUGGCGUCGUCGCCGCCGCGGAAACACACUGUGCCGCUUAUGCGCCUUGUCAGCUCCGCCGUAGCUGCCCUCGACGUCGAGUCGUCGUCGCUCGACGAGAUGGCCGCCUCGUCGUGGCUUCUUUUCCUCGGUUACCUUGUCUUACAUGGCUGCCGCCUCGUCGCAGACAUCCUUACCGCCGGCGUAGUUGUUCCUCCGCAGCUGAGCAUGAUCGUCGGCCAGCUCGUCGGCAGCCGCCUUCUCCUUGGGCCGCUUAUCAACGUGCUGGAGGGACUGCAACCCGACAAAACCGAGCUCCACGCCAAUGCGCUCUUUGCUGCCGGUGCUAUUGCGCACGCCGGCGUCGUGCUCCAGCCUGCCGCACAUCUAGUCGCCCUCUCCCCCGGUCCGGCAGCUUGGCUUGAGUUUGUCGACGUUGCGCUCCGCUGCGCCCCGCUCGUUGAUCCUCACGUUGCCUCUCCGUUUAUCUGCAUGACUACCCGCCUUCUAUCGAUCCCCGAGCUGGCGCCGGCGCUGUCGAGUGUUGUCGUCGCCAACGCCAGCCAUCAGUUCACUGGCGAUGCGCUUGGGAAUCCACCCGGUCACCCUGAUCACUUGCAUGCCCUUGCUGCCCUCGACUUUCUGGUCGCGCUAACAGCAACUGGGGCUGAAAGCGCCAGCGUCACUGACCUCACCACCUUUGCAGCUGUUUUGAGCACCUCGCUCCCGCUGCGAGUCACUGAGCAAGCGCUUCCGUCGCUAGCUGCACCAUCGCUUGUCCCAACAUGGCGUUCCACCGCAAGCCACGCCGCUGUCCUCGAAGACAUGCUGCUAACACUUGCUGCUCGGGCUGUCCACUCAUCCGCGCCCUUGCUGCGGCUCCCUGCCGCGGCGCUUCCGCAGGCAGUCCUUGACGGACACGCCGAUCCGCGCCGUGUGCCCUCGGCAUGCUCGGCCCUUCAUGAGCUCGGGCGCGUGACCCUCACGCCGAACGUUCUGGCUGAGGUUCUCGAUCGUAUUCCUCCCCGUCCGUCGUUCUCCUCCAGAGGGCUUCUCGCUACUAGCAACGAUCCAGCCGGGCUCGAGUCAUUGACAGCGGUAUUGUCCAGUCUGGUCGAGGCUGCGUUGGCUCCGGCUGCUACAUCCGCACAGACUGGCCAAAAGCGGCAACGAGGCAGUUGUGCAACCAUUGCCAGCCUCUCACCUGCCGCCCAGAUGGCAGCCGCUGAGCGCGGGUGCUGCGCGCUGGCCCAUGCUUGUGCUGUUUCCGUACUGUACGAGACCGACGGUGGCGCUGAUGCCCACGCGAGCAACAUACUUGACGCUCUGGCCGAUGCCGCUGGCAAAGUCAUGGCCCAGGUCGUUCUACCUGCGACACGGACGGUCGAGGCUGCCAUCAAAAGCCCAGGGCAGGGCGUGGCUAUGCUGGCAGCCAGCGUGGGGCUCGACUCUUUUAUCGCUGCACUCGCCAGCCUCGGCGCCAUCGCCGCUGCCAUGGCCACACGGGUUGCAGCAGCCGUUCUUAUCGACGGCUACUCGGGCCUUAGCGCGGUGGUCAAUGCCGUGCUAGCCGACAUAGAUCUUGCCAAGUGGACGCGCAACAGCCUCGGGCCAAGCCCAUCGCCGCAAGCGGCCGGCUCGAGCAGACUGCUCACCGGCCGAACUUCGCGCGAUGCCUUUGACCCGGGACUUCGCAGAGGGGACGGCCUUGGUCGGUUUCGGAUAUUUGACGACAGCACGAGUCUGUCCCAGGACAUUGACGACGGGUUUUCACUCGGCUCUGAGACGAGCCAUGCGUCACAGGCAUCGUCGAUCUUCGGGCGGAAGCGCAAGCGGCGCAAGAUGGUCGGCGGCGACGACGUGGCUGGCGCAUCGCGCAGCGGGCCGCCCGACAUGCUCACGAUCACGUCGCCGUCGGUUGCUGGGGUUGUGGCCCUCCAGGAGUCGCCAGGUGCCAUGGCGCGCGAGGGCUCAGUCCAUAUUGUUGAUGCAUUGCUGACGCCGCAGAUCAGCGCCCCCGGCGCGGUCCUUCUUGCCGCCAUGGACGGAGUCACUUGCGCUGCCGCCGCUCUCGCCUACUCGGUUGACGACGACACUGCCUGGGCCGACACGCUGGGCGAGGUCCACGAGCAAUGGCUCUCACCGAUGCGGACUCGGCUGGAAACCACGCUGCACCGCGACGUGGUGGUCAUGGUCGAGGAUCCUGGACUGGGGUGCCUGGCGCUGUCUUCACUGGCAAUCGGGUACUGUGCGGUCGGACGCGCCCUGGUUGCCGCUGAGCCAAGCGCUACAACCGACGACAAGGCCAAGUUUGUGUCGGUGUGUUUGGCCUCUGUCAUGCCUGUGGCUCUCGAGUUGACCAAGUGGCUCGAAGUGCGGGUGGUCGGCACGCAUGCGCUGGUGGCGAUGGUGGUACUCGAGCUGACGCGGGUGGUAGAGGUGGUGCCGGUUGUCGCGGCGCAAGCGGUUGUUGCUGCUGACCAGAGUUGCAAUGGUCAGUCACUGCUUUCCGCCUUUGGCGAUGCUGUGCUCCAUGUCAUUGUGCCAGGGAUGAAGGAACAGGUUGUGGGCUGGCGGGCGCGGAGCUUGCUGGCCGGGCGGGUCUUUCCCGCCGUCCACCUAUCGCCGCUCAAUGACUGUUUCGCGAUCGAGGUACUGAUGGCCGGCUUUGCAGACGCGGCGCCUGGGGUGCGAGCAAGCUGCACCAGAGCGGUCCAGGCACUGUUCUCGUCGCUCAAGCCGAGCUUCCACUCAAUGCUCCUCGACGACAUCUCGAACUUGAUGCUGGACGAACAGCGCGCUUCUGCGGCUGGCGCGUACAUGCUGUUUGCGCAGCUGCAGCCGGCACUUGCGCAAGCCUCGAUCUCACACGAGUGCUAUGCUGUGCUCGAGUUGCUGCGAGUGAGUGCGCACGUUCCUGCUCUGGGCUCAAUGGCCAAGGGUCGACUGGAAACUGGGGCCAAGGCACUCGGCUUUGGUUGCCCCUGCGAGUGGGCGGCCCGCCAUGCCGGCUUUUUGGUGGCCCAGUGGCUCUCCGCUGCAGACGGCGAUGCUUCUACCCUUCGCCAGCUAGGCGAGUUGAUGGCUGGUGUUUGCGGGUGUGGCCAGGUGGCGCGUGACGGGCCGCUCUGGUGGAGCCAGCUCCUGCCGGCCAUUGUGCCGCGGCUGGUGCUCGCCCGGUGGACUGAUGCGCUCAAGGUACUCGCCCAGCUGGCCGGCCUCUCGUCGGUGCGCAAGGUGGUGAACGCGGUGUUUGGACCGGUCUUCGCCGGUUUCGUCCCGCUCUUCUCGGCUGGCCACGACUCCGCUUACGCGCUUGCCGACACUCUGAUGGGUGAGUAUCUGCCGAAGCUGCUCAAAGUUCCGUCACUGGAUGCCACCGCCAACGCCAACCUUGACCUCAUGGUCAUCUGGCUACUGCGGAGUGUAGCGCUCUCGCCAGGAGAGGCUGCGAAACUGGUCGAGUUCCCCGACGAGUGGCAUGUCGGCUCGACCGAUGUAACAAGGCGGCUGCAAGAGCUAGCUAGCCUUGAUGUCUGUGUCAACGACGAUGACGACGACGAUGAUGAUGAUGAUGAUGACGACGGCGGCAGGCCCGAAUUGGCGCGGCUGUCUGGAGAAAGCCCUGAUGAGGUCGGACAUGCCUGCGCGACGGCAGAGGUUAUUGCGUACUCGCCCGAGGUGGUGGAGAAGGCACUGGUGCAGUUGACCAAGUCGAACCACGGCGACGUCAUGACCAGCGCGUGCGUCCAUGCGCUUUUUCUGCACUUUAACGGAUGGAUUGCACAGGCGAAGCGGAGUGAGCACAAGCAGACGCUCUUUAAGCAGUUGGUGUGGGCAGCGCGGCGGGUGCUUGGUGAUCGAGUGCUCAACGAGGGACACCUCGCAGGCCUGGUGGUCAACGCUUGUGUGCGGGUGCUGGGCGACGACGCCGCACUAGCCGAGUCGGCGCUUGCAGUGCUAGGCUGGCUGGUGACAAACGGCAGGAGUGAGGUGGUGGCGCAGCUAGGCGAGCUGCUGGUAGCUCACACGGCUGGUCUUGCACGCUCUGACAUGCAGCUGUCGGUCCAGAUCAAGGCUGUCUCUCUGCUGGGCCUUGUUCUCUUGCCAGCCAGCGAGUGGCGAAUCGAAAGUGUGUACGGGUAUGCGGUACUCGCGCUCGAUGCGAAUGCAGACGAGCGUGUCGCCGCUCUGCAAGAGGUGGUGCGAGGCUGGCGGAGCAAUGACGAUGCCGGCCAGCACAAGCCAUCGAUGCGCCGGCGGCGAUCAUCGUCGGCUGGAAGAGGUGCGGCGUGUGCGGCAGCAAGCUCCGAGGCCAAGGCUGCGGCGUACUGGUUUGUCCAGCUGGCUGAGCACCUGGCUGGUCUUGCGACCCGCGAAGCGCGGGUCCAAGAAGUCGCGCUUCGUGCGCUGGCUGUCCACAUGGAAGGCUGGCUACAUGCGGGCCCGCGAAUUGUGCUCUCGGAUGACGAGGUGGUGUCCAACGCUGGGAGCGCGCUUCUGGCCACACUUGUCGAGCGGGUGUGGGGCAUCGCACGGCGGGCUGACGGCGAACGUGCGGUGCUUGCGGCGAGCGUGCUGGGCAGUCUUGGGGCACUUGGCUCGCUGUUUGAGGCGCGGCGGACCCGCGAGGCGCGCGAUGAGGCAUGGCUUCGGAUGGCACCGCUCAACAGCAGCGGCAAGCGGGUUUCGGCCUCGCUUGCGGUGAUUAGCAUGCUGGAGCGUGCACGCGAGCGUGCGCGUGGCUCGUACUCGAUGUACGGACCAGAGGUGCGGAGCGCGCGGAUGCGGGCGCUGGAGGCAUGCCAGAACAAGCGUCUGACGGCGAGUAUGGUCGAGGCAAAGCGAGUCAUUCUCACGGCAGCUGUGGAGCAGCUAGGCGAUGCACGCGAGGAUUUGAGUCGACUCAGCUUUUUGCUGCUGAUGAAGGCCGAGGCCGCACUGGGCUCACAGUGGGGCCAAGUGAAGAGGAAGCUGCCGCGAAGUGUGCAAGCCGUGCUCCAAGUCCCGUCGUCUGGGACGUGCUCGUCGCUCUCAUCACUGCUGGUCUGGCUCUGUGCGGACCUUGCGUUUCCGUUCAAAGCGUCGCCGGCGGAGGAGGCAAAGUGGGAUGUGUCGCAGUUUGCCGCCGAGGCGUCCGACUCGUUUCGGGGUAUGUGCCGCGGCGCAGGCGAGUGGGGUUGGGCGCGCCGGGCGGCACUUGCGCUCUCUUUUGUCUCGUGCGUCGGUCUGUUUCGGCUCUUGCAGCCGCUGCUGGUGCACUCAUCGUGGUGGGUCACGCUCUCGUUGCCGCUGCUGUAUUUUGAGGCAGCUACUCGGAGUGAUGAAGAAGAGCGAGCUGUGCUCCACACCGCACUGAGCGGCGAUGCAACGCGAGUGCUCGAGGCGGCAGUCGCAGUCGAUGCCAGAAGCGAGGCAGUGGCGGAUGCAGGUAUGCUGCUAGAGGUGCUCGCGUUUCUGCGGCGGCAGGCUGUCUUUGCCGACGCCGACAAGCAGCCGCUCGAGUGGGCCUCGAGCCUGUGGCUGGACCUGGAUCCUGCAGUUGUGGCGCGGGCGGCUGUGGCAUGCGGGCGGAGUCACUUUGGCCUCGUCUUCGUUGACUCGUGGGGCCUACGGUGUCGGUCCAACGCCGGCCUGGACAACGUACUGCUUGAGGUGUACUCGGCGCUCGGGGAGACUGAGGCGGUUGCUGCACUCGGAGUGAGCGCGGGCGUGGAUGACGUUGUGCAUCUAGGCGAGCUCUACGCAUCGCAAGGUGCCGGGACACGUGCGCUAGCCUCGUUUGAUGCGGCGCUAUGCGAGGGCGCCGGUGGUGCUUGUGCGCGAGUUGGACUUGCGACUGUUCUCCACUCGCUGGACCACGGAUUUCUCUUUGGCCUGAGCCUACAGGCGAUGGGCGAUCGAGAGGUGCCGAGGUCUGUCCGCGAGCUGGCCGCCGGGCGGGCGUGGCGCGAGUCUGUGUGGCGUAGCGUUUGCGAGGUGGCCGGAGCAGCAAGUGCAGUUGAGCCCGAGGUCAGGCUGCGCGGUGAGGUCGGGUCCGAGGAGCAGUUUGGACGCGCAUUGGCGGCGUUGCAGCGCGGCAAGCCCGAGGAGCAGGCGCAGUCGCUGCGCGCAGCGCGCGCGCGAGUGAUCGAGUCUGUCAGCGGCGGAGUGGCCGAGCACGAGGUGCGGAGCGAGAUGCGGACCGAGACACGAGUAGGCAGCGUGAUCAAGCCAGACGUGCUGGCCGUCUUGCCUAAGCUCUACGUGAUCAAUGCAAUGGAAGGAGUGGCGAGCGGCGAGUGGAGUUGGGACAUGGACGGGCCUCAGUUUGAGAUUGCCGGCGGAGUGGCACCGCUGACGCCGUUUGAGGCUGUGGAGCGGGUGAUGUUGGUCAAGGCGUGGCUGCUGAGCGCGUCGAAUGCACGCAAGGCCGCGGUAGGCGUGCUGCGGAGCUUGAGCGUGCGGGCGGCAGAGGCUGGGCAGUACAAUACGGCGCUGAUGGGUGUGGCGCGGCUAGUGCGAAGCAGCAAUGGCGAGUCGCUCGGUGAACUCGCGCUUGACGAGGCCAAGGUGUUCUGGCAGCUAGGCGAGAAGCGCAAGGCUGUGGCGCGGGCGCGGGCGCUGGUGGGGCGACUGGAGAACAUGGUGCGAAGCCAAGCCGAGACCAAGGUGCUCUCGUCAGCGCUGCGGCUGAUGGGGACGUGGCUGUCGGAGACGCGUGGCGAGUCGUCGUCGGUCAUCAUCGAGCGGUACUUGGAGCGGGCGCGGACACUAGAGGCGGCGGGCAGCGGACAUGAGGUGACGGCGUCAUUUGAGGCGAUUGCGCGUUACACAGAUGAGAUGUACCAGGCGUUGAAGGACCAGGAGCAGUCGCAUGAGGGCCGCGAGAUCCGGCGCUUGCACGAGCGCCGAAAGGCCGAGAUUGUCAAGUUUAAGCAACAGCUGGCCGAACUGGAGAAGAUUCUGCAAGGGCUCAUCAGGGCGCGGACAAAGGAGUUAGGUGUGGACGAGGCGCGGCUGCGCGUGCUGGCCAAGUCGCGGAGCGUGCUGCGCGACAAAGCGCUAGAUGCAUACCUCUCGUGUCUGGCUUGGGGCUCUGAGGCAGAUCUGCGGGUGUUUCGGCUCUGCUCGCUCUGGUUCGAACACGCAGACGACCGUGAGGUCAACAUUCGUGUGGGUGAGCGGAUCGGCAAUGUAGCUUCGUUCAAGUUUGUGCCGCUGGUGUACCAGAUCAGCUCGCGGCUGGGAAGCGAGGAUGGCUCCGGGUUCCAGGCGGUGCUGGGAAAGCUUGUGGAGCGGAUGGCGUUGGAGCACCCGUACCACGUCUUGUACCAAGUGUUUGCACUCGCCAACGGCGAGCGAGCCGCCGGGGCGUCGUCGUCGUUCCAGACCAACCAGGUGAAGACCGCAGCGGCGCAGGCGCUGCUUCGGCGGCUGCAGGCCCAGCUGCCGCGCGGGCUGGUGGCAACGAUGGAGAUGCUGGUGGAGAUGUAUCUGGUCAUUUCGGAGCUGCCUGUUACGCAGGAGCAACGGCGGCUGCCGCAGGCGUUUUCCUCAACGGCGGCGGCGGCGCAGAUGGCAGAGCUGAACAAGCUCGAGCUGGGGCUCUUGGCGUCGUUUGAGGAUGCAUUUGACGUGGCGUCGGGCAUCAACAUGCCCAAGAUUGUGAUGUUGCGAGGAAGUGACGGACGGGCGUAUCGGCAGCUUGUCAAGGGCCGGGAUGACAUGCGACAGGAUGCGGUGAUGCAGCAGGUGUUUGGCCUGGUCAACGCGGUGCUGCACGGGCGCGGCUCGGCACGGGCGCGCCAGCUGCACGUGCGCACGUACAAGAUUGUGCCACUUGCGCCACGGGCUGGGUUUCUUGAGUUUGUCGAUUCGACUGUCCCGCUCGGCGAGUAUCUGUUCAAGCCGGUGUCAAGAGUGUGGUCCGACUCGGCGCACGGGCGAUACCAUCCUGAGGAGCUGACGUACUCGUCUGCGCUCAAGAUGAUGAAGCGAGUGGCGGAAGGAAGCCGUGAGGACAAGCUGACGAUGUUCCGGCAGAUCAAGGAAAACUUUACGCCUGUCCUGCACAAGUUCUUCCUCGAGCGGUAUCCGGACGCGGUGGAGUGGUUUGCGCGGCGGAGCGCAUACACCCGGUCUGUGGCGGCCAACUCGAUGGUCGGAUAUGUGCUGGGCAUCGGCGACCGGCACUCGUUCAACAUUUUGCUAGACUCUUCGAGCGGCGAAGUGGUGCACAUCGAUCUGGGAGUGGCGUUUGAGCAGGGCCGCGUGCUUUCGGUGCCCGAGCUUGUGCCGUUUAGGCUGACCGCCGAUGUUGUAGACGGCAUGGGUGCCACUGGGGUUGAGGGCCUGUUCCGGGCGUCAUGUGAGGCGAUGCUGCGGGUUCUCCGGACCUCGCAGGAGCUCUUGGUGACGAUUCUUGACGUCCUUGUCCACGAUCCGCUCUACCGCUGGUCGCUCGCGCCGGUCAAAAAGUGCCAGCUCCAGAACCGCGGCAACGACAACGAGUCGGAGCUCGCUGCGCUCGAAGCCGCCAGUGCUGGUGGGAGUGCAGGCGGCGCACCGGCGUCAGCCAAGGAAGCGGAACGAGUGGUAAUGCGAGUCAAGCAAAAGCUGCAGGGCUUUGAAGACGGCGAGCUCCUCUCGAUCUCAGGCCAGGUCAACAAGUUGAUUCUGGAAGCCCGGUCCGACGAGCUCCUUUCGCAGAUCUUCUUUGGUUGGGCACCGUUUGUGUAA